AUGCCGAUACCAAUCAAGAACACCAGCCAACACGAACGCCAGGCAAGUUUCGUGACGUCACGUCUGAUGUCACGAAGGCUUCGACAGAGCUCCGAGCCGCGCCGGAACCGGAGGUCAGUUUUGCUGAACCUCAUUACAGUCACAUCUUCUACAGAUAAGAGAUGUGUGUUGUCUACUUCAUCAGACAUGGAAGGAAUGGCACAACCUGGAGAUGUCAUGUUUGGAUUCAUUGUCCCACUCCAUUUGGACAGAGUUUAUGAAAAUGUUUCCUUCACCACGAGACCUCCAAAGAUUCCCUGUGCAACAUUUGAUGUUGACAGCUAUCAACAGAUCCAGGCAUUGAUAUUUGCAGUGGAAGAGAUCAACAAUAACUACAAUAUUCUACCAAACACAACUUUGGGCUUCCAGGUCUAUGACUCAUGUAAUGUUCUUCAGAAUGACUUGGAGGGUGCUUUGCAGCUAAUGACGGGAUCAAACACAGCCAUCGCCAACUAUAGAUGCCUUAAAAAUAUUCUCGAUAGUGCUAUUAUUGGAGCAGCCGUCUCCUCCAACUCUAUUCUCCUGGCUCAUGUUCUGGGACUCUUCCGGUACCCUCAGAUCAGCCAUUUUGCAACAAGUCGCCUAUUAAGUGACCACAAAAAGUUUCCAUCAUUCUUUAGAACGGUUCCCAGCGAUUUGUUUCAGUCUCAAGGGCUGGCUAAGCUUGUGUUAUAUUUUGGUUGGACCUGGGUAGGCCUGGUGGCUGUGGACAAUGACUAUGGUCAGCAGGGUAUUCAAGUGAUCAAGCAGGAGAUUAUCAAGGCUGGAGCUUGCAUCGCCUUCACCGAAAGCAUUCUUUCAAGUCAAGCUGACCGCAACGCUCGCCACAUAGUUAAGGUCAUUCGUCAGUCUUCAGCCAGAGUUGUCAUUAUCUUCUCCACAAUACCUGACUUGAUUCCAGUUGUGCAAGAAAUGUUGAAGCAGAAGAUUGAUGGGAAAACAUUCGUUGCCAGUGAAGGUUGGUCAACAUCCCCAUUUUAUGCCACAGCAGAGGUUUAUAAAAUUUUCUCUGGCACGGUUGGAUUGGCCCUGUACAGUGGAGUGAUUCCAGGAUUUGAAGAUUUUUUAAGCAAGUUUCACCUUUUCAAUGGUAUGGGAAGCAAUUGGUUGAAGAUGCGUUGGGAAGAAACUUUCAGUUGUGAAUUCGGAGCUACAAAAACGUAUGGAAACUCCUCAAGCGUGAUGGGUAAAGUGUGCACAGGAAGAGAGUCUCUGGAUGGAACCCAGAAUGGCUACCAUGAUGUAUCCAAUUUGAGAAUUCCAUACAAUGUCUACACAGCAGUGUAUAUCAUAGCUCAAGCAUUAAGCGAUCUUGAAGGCUGUAGACCAGGCGCAGGACCAUUUCUUAAUGCCGGUUGUGCAGGUAUUAGGAACAGGAAGCCAUGGCAGCUCUUAUACUACAUGAAAAAGGCUAGAAUCACACUGAGCAAUGGCCGAGAGCUUUACUUUGAUGAGAAUGGAAACCCAACCGCAUUCUACGACAUUGUGAACUUGCAGGUGAACUCAGAGGGCAGCAUACAAUGGCUCAAGGUCGGAAGUUAUGACACUGCAGCAACUCCAAGUGCAAUGUUCACUAUUAACAAAAGUGCUAUCCUCUGGGCGGAUGGAGAGAAUCAGGUGUUUCUUUUGGUUCAUGUUUCAGAUUCCUUUGAGUGCUACAAGUGUCCUUGGGAUAAGUGGCCAGACCAUCAGAAAACGAAAUGUCUUCAAAAGAAUAUAGAUUACCUCUCCUAUGAAGAUCACCUUGGACUUACUUUGGCGAUCAUCAGCACCGGGUCCUCUUUGGUUCCAACCGUGAUUCUCAAAAUUUUAGCAAAGAAUAAACACAGCGCCAUAGUGAAAGCCAGCAAUUAUUCUCUAAGUUGCCUGCUUCUCGGAUCUCUAUCACUGUGCUUUCUCAGUGCCUUGAUUUUCAUUGGGUCCCCCAACAGGGAGAGCUGUCUGCUACGCCAGCCUACAUUUGGCUUGACUUUUGUCCUUUGCAUAUCGUGUAUCUUGGCUAAGACAAUCAUGGUGUUGUUUGCAUUCAUGGCUGUCAAACCAUUGAGCAGGCUGAAGAAAUGGACCAAUAUUCGAGUGGCUUACGCAAUUACAACACUUUGUUUCUUACUACAGGUAAUCUUGUGCAUUCUGUGGCUGUCUCUAGCUCCUCCGCACCCACAGUACAGCACUCACAUUUACCCAGAACUCAUUAUUGCUGAGUGCAAUGAAGGCUCUACUUUUGCUUUCUGGAUCAUGUUGGGUUACCUCUUUCUCCUAGCCACUAUAAGCUUCAUUGUUGCCUUCUUGGCUAGGAAACUUCCCGACAGUUUCAACGAAGCCCAGUUUAUCACAUUCAGCAUGCUGGCCUUCCUGAGUGUCUGGAUAUCUUAUAUCCCAGCAUCCCUCAGUGCUCAUGGCAAAUACACAGUGGCCAUGGAGAUCUUUGCCAUUUUGGCUUCCAGUUGGGCUAUAGUCCUCUGUAUGUUCUUUCCUAAAUGUUUCAUCAUAUUGUUUAGACCACAUAUGAACUCCAGGGAAACACUGAUGGGCCAGGAAAGGAGGGGGAGGCAAGCAUGCGGCCCUCCCCUUCUGAACCAUACCAGUCCACAUUGCUCAACAUUGGGAGGGUAG